AUGGAAAUCAACCCGUCGCUCUCCGAAUGCUUCGGUGUCACCGUUGAGUCGAUUCGAUCGCCGUCGGAACAGGUUGAACCAAGCUUGCACAAUCAGCCCGAAAAGCAUCGACCGAUGUCACAGGCUGGCCGUUUUGUUUACAAACAUUGGUGCCGUGUUGGCUCAGCUGUCAAUUUGUUGUGCUUCGCGAAAGUUAGUAAAUUUAAUUACGCAAAUUCGACUAGUUUGAUGAAGCUGGAAACCGAUUUAACGGUGGAGAUGUUGGCCAGCGGUAUCUGGAAGGAUCUCAUGUUCAAGCCGUACAAUUUCGAUGCCCUGGGCGUGCCUCCGGAGCGUGGACAACUGCAUCCCCUGAUGAAGGUUCGUUCCGAAUUCCGAUCGAUUUUCCUGGAGAUGGGAUUCUCCGAAAUGCCAACGAACAACUUUGUGGAGUCGAGCUUCUGGAACUUUGAUGCCUUGUAUGUGCCUCAACAACAUCCGGCCCGCGAUCAACAGGCUACUUUCCUCGUUUCGCAUCCCAAACUGAGCAAUAAGUUCCCAAUGCAACUGCUGGACGAAGUUAGAGAUUCACACGAAAUCGGAACGGAUGGUUCCAUUGGAUAUCGGUACAACUGGAAACUUGAGGAGGCGAAAAACGUUCUCCGAACGCAUACGACCCGAGUCAGUGCUCGCAUGCUGUACAAAGUGGUCCGUCAGGAGGGUGGUUUCAAACCAGUCAAAUACUUCAGCAUCGAUAAGGUUUUCCGAAACAAAACUUUGGAUGCAACGCAUUUGGCGGAGUUCUAUCAGGUGGAAGGUGUAGUUGCGGAUUACGGACUGACGCUGGGCGAUCUUAUCGGAACGUUCAAUGCUUUCUUCAACAAGCUUGGCAUCACGGAGCUGGAGUAUAAACCGACGAUCAAUCGGUGUACGGAACCGUCGAUGGAAAUUUUCUGCUUUCAUCCGGGUCUGCAGCGGUGGAUCGAGGUAGGAAACUCCGGUGUCUUCCAUCCGGAAAUGUUACGUCCGCUGGGCGUCCCGGAGGGCGUCAACGUCAUCGCCUGGGGUCUAUCGCUGGAGCGGCCAACGAUGAUCAAGUAUGUCAUCAACAACAUUCGGGAUUUGAUUGGAGCCAAGGUCGACCUGAAGAUGGUGCAGGAUGGACCGAUCUGCCGGAUGAACCGCAGAAAGGUGAGAUGUUUUUGAUUUUAUUCUAUCCGUAAUCUAUUACCGUUUGAAACGUAAAUAAUAUCAAAUUCUUAGCGACACCCUGGAUUCGCGGGCACCGUUCAAACAGAAAUAAAAAUUUUAUUAUUUAAUAAUGAUAAAAUACAAAUUUUACAUCUAUUUCAAGAGUUUAAUGCAAAUGGUGAGGGUAUAUCUGUUGAAUAAAAAUAAGCCUAUGUACCGUGAAGGCCCCAUACUCAGCGCACUUAAGGCUUUUCAAAUUUCAAAC